GGUGCAUACUUUCUAGGCUCACUCUAUCCUCCAGAAUCACUCCUACUACUCUAUCCUCGUCCAACUCCUCCACUUCCACUUCCCGAUACAGAAGAAGCACAACGGUAUAAAGAGAAAUUGGAUCGAGAGUUGGUCAAUCUACCUCAUGUAAGAGCAUUGUUGGCCAAAAUGAAGGCUCAUUACGUUCUAUCAAGACCGUUUGCCAAUUUCCCGGCACAUAUGAUGCCCUACAGUCUAACGGCGGGAUCAUUACGAAAACCCGGAAUGCUCUGUGUUCCUCCCGUUGUGGUCAGCAAAACACGUCAUGGAGCUGAAGUUUUGGGAGGUCAUAGAGGAGAUGCCUAUGCAUUCGUUCAUCUUGGACGAAACCUAUGCGGUCACGAUGGGAUCGUACAUGGAGGUUUAUUGGCAACAGUGUUAGAUGAAACGUUGGCAAGAACUUCAUUUUUUCAUUUACCACAUAAAAUCGGCGUAACGGCACACCUAGAAAUUGAUUAUAAAAAACCGGUAAAAGCGGAUAGCGUCGUUGUUGUUGAAACAAAGUUAAUCGAACAUGAAGGUAGAAAAGCAUGGGUUGAAGCAACAAUGACCGAUUUACGUGGUCAAGUGUUGGUUCAAAGUAAGGCUCUUUUCGUUGAGCCAAGAUUGGUGGCUUUCUUGGACACGAGUGCGGUUAGAAAGGUAAUGGAUCAAAGUGACGAAUAGACGAUGUAUUAAAGCGACACACCUUGUUGUAUAUUAUCUAGACUGGCUCAAUAGAUUUGAUU